CAAAAAGCUUCCACCAUCGCCUCCCGCCACUCUGCCAGCAGAUCGUCGUCCAUGCAAUUCCAGAGCUAUGUGCAGGAUUUUCUAGUCGCAAAGUGAACGGGAGCAGUAUUCUUUUCCCUCUGAAGGCAGCAGUCGUUAGAACGAACGAACUUUCGUGAAUUGAGUGCAAUCUUGCUUACACAAGAUUCACAGGAGCUUGUUUCGUGGAACUUGUACAUGUAAACAAUUUUACUGCGUUCCUCCAAUCGUGUGGAGCCUCGAAUUAUUAGAAUCUUGAAAAUGAGUUUUACAUCCUCGCGGCGAAUUCCGAACGACAGUGUUUGUGAGGUUGAAGAACCGAGACUCGAUAGAGAAUAUGACUCAAAGGUGUACAUGGCUUGCAUUCUACAAGGUAGCAGGUUAGGCAUGUCAUAUUUUGACACAGAAGCAAACGCGAUGUUUGUUUUGGAGACUUGGGAGGAUGGAAGUGAGGAGUUUCCGUCCAUGCAGCUUAUAAAAUAUCAGGCUCAGCCUCUUGUCAUCUAUACCAGUACGAAAAUGGAUGACACGUUUGUAACUGCACUUCAAAAGAAAGUCAAGGAGGAAGAUGAACCGCAUGAAGUGAAGAUAGUAAAAAGUUCUCAUUUUAGUUACCAGCAAGCACGUCACAGAUUGGCUUAUCUGCGUGUCACUGGAAUGGAAGAAGAUUUCAACGACAGGGAAAGAAUGCACCUGUUGAACUCUAUGAUGAAUCUUGACAGUGAAAUGCAAGUUCGGGCUGCUGGUGGUCUUCUUGGUAUUCUUCAGCAAGAAAUGCUCAUUGAUGAUAUGGUAGUUGAAGAAUAUAGAAUUUCUCCUCUUCAAAUUGGAAGCAUCUGCGAGCUCUCUCUUAAUGGUUUUCUGAAUGUUGAUGCGUCUACGCAUGAUGCACUACAUAUUUUCCAGGUUGAUAAACAUGCCAGUUCGAUGGGCAUUGGAAAAGCAAAAGAAGGGUUUUCCCUUUUCGGUCUCCUCAACAAGUGUUUAACACAACCAGGGCGGAAACUUUUAAGGUUAUGGUUUCUUAGACCAAUUUUGGACUUGAGCGUCCUCAAUGACCGGCUUGAUACGGUUUCAGCUUUCAGACUCUCCCAGGACUUGGUGUCUGCUUUGCGGAAUACAUUGAAAGGCAUUAAAGAUAUUCCUAGGCUCAUCAAGAAAAUAAGUUCACCAAGUUCAGUAGUGACCUCAAAGGAUUGGGCAGUUUUCACACAGAGUGUAAGCGCUCUUAUCCACAUUCGAGCCAUGUUUGAGGUGGCAGUGUCCCAGAGACAUCAAAGUCAAAUUUCUUUGAUCGAUCUUCAAAUUGUGAAGAAGGUCAUGAGUCAAAUUACCGAGGAUCUCAUGUACGUCAACAGCAUAGUAGCAGGCGUCAUUGACUUCGAUCAGAGAUGUGGUGACUCCUCCAAAACGAUGGUUGCAUAUGGAGUUUGUGAAGAGCUUGAUGAACUCAAGAAUAUUUUUGAGGGGCUCCCCGACUUCCUCAAUCAGAUCACUGGGGUUGAGUUGAAUGAUUUGAAACUUCAAGUCGGGUCCGAAGAAGCUGCAAUAUGUUACAUCCCUCAAGUUGGUUACCUGUUAAAAUUCGAGUCAAAGAUGCUUGAUGAGUAUACCCUUGAGAGCCGUCCAGACAUCCAGCUGGCAUUCGAAGGAGGGAUUGAAGGGGGUUACUUUUAUCACACCUCGAAGACCAGGGAGCUGGAUGAAGUGAUUGGAGACAUUCUACACAAGAUUUUAGAUAUGGAGCAUGCAAUUCUGAGGGAUCUGGAGCGCAGAGUAUUAAUUUAUGCUUCGGCAUUGCGCCAUGCAGCGGAUGUUGCAGCAGAAAUCGAUUGCUUGGUUGCACUGAGUACUGUGGCUCACGACCAAAAGUACGUGCGUCCCCAGUUGUCCGAGAAUAAUGUUCUCAUGAUAAAAGCUGGAAGGGCAUAUUUGAGGUGCAGGCAUCCUCUCCAGGAGUGUAUUGUCAACACGUUUGUGCCAAAUGACACCAACAUUGACCAAAGUAGUCGUAUAAACAUUAUAUCUGGCCCAAACUACUCAGGCAAGAGCAUUUACGCGAAGCAGGUUGCUCUCAUCGUAUUUCUAGCACAUAUUGGAAGCUUUGUUCCAGCAGAAGCGGCAGUAAUUGGUCUUACUGACAGAAUCUUCACAAGAGUCUCCAGCAAAGAGACAAUGGCUGUUCAACAGUCAACGUUCAUGAUUGACUUGCAUCAGAUAGCCUUCAUGCUGAGACAUGCUACUUCGAGGUCCUUGUGCGUGAUUGACGAGUUCGGCAAGGGCACCUUGGUCCCAGAUGGUGUUGGUCUCCUUUGUGCAACCUUGCAUCACCUUACAACCCAAGAAGAAAAGCCUAAGGUUUUGGCAUGUACACACUUCUGUGAAGUCUUCGAUGAGAAUUAUCUACCCAAGUCGCAGAAUAUCUCAUUUUACACCAUGAGUGUCCUCGAGCCGGAUGGACAUAAAAAUGCUGUCAGAGGCGUUGAUGAGAUUGUGUUCCUUUACAGGUAUACAUUGUGCGGAGCUUGCAGGUGUUCCAGCCGAGAUUUUGAAGAGAUGCGUUGAAAUCUCAGAAUGUACCAAAGAAGGGAGACCAAUUGAGCGCCUUGGUACAAGACGUACCACUGCCAUGGAUCAAAUUUAUAAGGUAAAAUAACUACUGUCUACCAAGGCCUCUGACUUUGAUGGAGGAACAAAUUAACAAGUUCCUCGUCAAACAUACUACCAGUGGAUAAUAUGUAGAAUACAGUGCUUUCUAUUGCAAAGUAUUGAACAUGAAACCGAGUAAAAAGAUAUCUUCCUCAAAAUACUCGUACCAAGCAAUCGCAGCUGUAUUGGCGAAAAUUUUAAUUUGUAGAGUUCACGAAGGACUCUCAUCAAUUGUGCAGACGAUUGCGGAUCUUCUACAGAAGUUCGACUGCGAGAAGGAUGAUUUGAAUAAGUUCCUAUCUGAAGUUUUUUCCCUUCUCGCUAGUUAGUUCUGGCCUAGUGCAAUCCAUAAAAUUUCUAUCAAACUAGUGGUAUUGUAGGUCAUGAUUUAGAGAUAGCAUUUCGGUGUAGGUCAUGACUUCAAGUCAACACCUACUGCUCGGUGCGUGGCGUUACUGAAAUUGAAAUGAUUCUCUAAAUUUUUAAGCACUGUUUGUAUAGUUUCAUUCCGUUAACAAUUGCAAAUCAUCAGUCCUA